UCAAGCCCGUCAACAGAACUGCCAGCAUGGCAGCAAAACACUUUUACCGACAAGGCUUUUUAUUACUUUUAUUUAACUUCAUUUCAACCGCUGCCUUGGAAAAGCGGUUCUCCGACUUUAAACGAUGCGCCGAUGAGGAGUGCAGCAUGCUUCUGGUUCGGGGUAAAGCUGUGGAAGAUUUCUCAGGACCAGACUGUCGGUUCCUGUCUUUCAAGAAAUCAGAAACUAUCUAUGUAUACUACAAACUGUCAGGCAGAAGGGCUGACAUGUGGGCCGGAAGUGUUGGAAGUCACUUUGGUUAUUUCCCAAAGGACCUUCUUGCAGUUAACCACAUUUAUACCAACAAAGAAUUUGAAGUUCCAGCAGAGGAAACAGAUUUUGUCUGUUUUGACACCGGAUAUGAUAAGUUUGACAAUUACAACAUAGAUUUACUGUUAGGCUCUUCACUGGAGGAGAGUGAAAGUAAAGACGCACCUGAACAAAGCCAGGUGGCAGAGGGUGUGCAGGAAGAAACACAGCCAUCAGCAGACGAGGCAACGGACAGUGAAAAACAAACAAAGCAUCACGACAGCUCUGAGGAUCUUGAUAAAGUCCCGGAUGAUCAAAGUGCCUCUUUACCUGAACUUGAAUUUGAUGGGGAAAAAGACUCAGAGUCUGAAACAGCAGCUCCACUUGAUGCUGCUGACAGCGCUGCAGAAGACACAGAACUUGUAGAGUCUGUUGUUGAAAAUGUGUCAGAAAGGAGUGAAACCAAAGAAACACCCGCAAAAUCUGAGGUGGAAUCUGCGGCCAACGUUGAUGCUGUUUCAGAAAACGAACAAAUCUCGAUUUCUGAAGGGGUGCAAAUCCCUGAGCUGAGAACUACCCUUGGAACAACGUAUGAUGCUGUCACCACCGAUGACGAAAUCACCAAGAAUGUUACCCCAGAUGAAGAGGAGGAAGGCGAGCAUGUGGAGAAUCAUGAAGAUGACAUUGAUGUUGAAGUAGAAACUCCAUUGCUGUCAUUCUCUGAAGAAACAGUGCCUGAAAGUCCUCCAACAGCACAUCAUGAUAAACCAGAGACUGCAGAGGAGAAGAACAUGUGGACGUCAUUUGGAGAUGCAGUUUUUUCAGUUGUCACUGGGGGAGAGAGGACGGCACACAAUUUGAGUUCGGAGGAAGAUGAAGAUGACGAUGAUCAGGAAGAAGAAGCUGCCUCAAAAACCCUUCAGAGUUUUGAGGAAGCAAAGAACCAGGCAUCAGUAGGACUACCAAAAAGACCAGAGAACAUAGAGCCAGUUUUUCAAGAUGCUCCCUCCAGCUCUAUACAAACAGAUAAUGAAGAAACAAACAACGACUCUGCGAAACUCUUGUUUGAAUUUGAUGAUGAGAGUGAUCGAGAAGUGGUUGGACCUGAGGAGCCCUGGGAAGAUACAUUAAAACCAACAGAAACAAGUACAAUAUCAGUGGAUCUGGUAGUACAAGAUGAUACUCCUGCUGUUCCUGAGGCUGAAAAAUCAGAUCUUAGAACAGCAGAUGAACCCAUUGAGCACAAAGAGGAAGAGGAAGUGUCCAAAGAUUCAGGCGUUGAUGAUGACUAUGCAGGCGUCCGUGACAGUAGUGUUGCGAUGGGGCAUAAUGAGGAUUUUGAUGAUGAAUCGGCAGAAAACAAAACAAUGGCCGAUCAAGAAUCAGACGCUGAAGCUGAAACACUACAGGACCCGUCCACUGAGGAGACGCCGUCAGAGAAUUCAAAUGUCAAACGUGAUGAAAAGCCAGUAGAUGCCAGCCUACCCAAUCACCUACAUGACCGUUUAAUGAGAGAUUUAAAGAGUAAGAACAGCCAGCCAGAAUUAUCUGUGCAGGAACCAAAGAUUCAUGAGGAACUUCUAACAGAGGAGUUGGAAGAUGAGAUGGAUAAACAGAAGGAGGAGGAGGAGAGGGAAGAGUUACUUGAAGAUGAAAAUGCACUUUCUCCCUCGCAGUGGAACGACACAGACUCUGACAAACCCUUACCUGAAACAACCCAGCCAGCUGUGUCGACUCCAGAGCCAGAACCAGAACCAGAACCAGAGCCAGAACCAGAGCCAGAGUACAGCGACAGCGUGCUGAGACUGACUCUGCUGCGAGACCACUUCACAGAGGAGAGCAUGGAGCGGGUCCAAAAGCUUCUGGGGCUCAGUAAUCUCUUCAAAGUGGAGGCCAUGUUCUCUGACUUGGACACAGAAUUGCAGGCUACCCGUCUGUCACACACAGGUACGACGCAAGACAUUGAAAAUGCCCUCGAGGGCAUCCUGGAAGCCUCUGAGAACACUAUCCUGGACGAGAUUGAGAAGAUGCUAGAUGGCCAGAGCACGAAGCACAGUUAUGACCAGCAUAUGGACACAAGUAGUUUGGAUGAGGAGACUGAAAUACUAGAUGACUUCCAGGAGCUUGCAUUCAGCCUGCGGCAGAAAUAUUCAACAGCCAGUGACAGCACGCCAUUGGCAAGAGAAAAAGAGUCAGACGUCGACCAAGAUGAACAUAAUGUAAAUGUAAAAGACGAUACACCUCACGUUGCUGAAGAAGACGAGGUUGACAGCGUCCCCGAGGCUGAGAGUGAGGACAACCUCACAGUAGUAACAGAUCACGACGAAAGGCCGGCAGAGACGAAAGAAGAGCGGAUAGUUUUGGACGAGGUGAACAGUGGACCAGACGUCAGCGUGGAGGAGGAUGGCGGACACUUUAAUAAAAACAAAGACAAUCAGCCGGGCUUCAGUGCAUCACAAGAGAUGCACAAAGUCCCUCAAGCCACCCUGGAAAAUCCUUUAGACAUGGGCCUUGGAGUAGAGGUGGAGCACUCACCCUCAGGCUCUUUGGACUCCAUGGAACCAGUGUCUGAUAUUCACGAAGAAGAAGUGGGAUUAUUCUCAACUGGAAUUGUUUACAUGAGCUGCAUCCUUUCGAUGAGCAAGAGUAAAAUUGCAGAGUGGACCACUGAGAUUAUUUCACUACUGCCAGAAGAGUGGAAGCCAGGGGAAACCUUGUUUGGCUGUCCUUGGCAGGCUGUUGUCAUCACUGCUUUGGUUGGAGUAGUGACCUUCACCCUCUUCUUCUGGAGGACCGUGUUGGCAGUGAAAAAAAGAGAAUACCUUGUGGAUGAAAAAAGGCUGACAGAACAAAUUCAGGCACUCAAAAAAGAGAAGAUUGAUGCUCUCACUAAAAUGUCUGAACUCCAGAAACAGACUGAACAACUGAAAGAAAAUCAAAAACAGUCAAAGGAAGCAGUUAGUUGUACAAUGAAAAGGAUGCAAAGCCUGGAGAAUAAGGUUUUGGAGGCAGAAGCGCUGAACGCUGACAUGGCCGAGGAAAAGAACAAAUAUGCAAAACUGCUCGAGGAAGAGAGGGCAAACUCUCUGCUAAAUAAAACCAGGAUCGAGAAAUUGGAGAAGUCAAACGAGAAGUUACAGCUCAGCAGAAAGAAGAUUCAGGAAGCUCUCGCUAAGACUACUGUCCACCUGGACGAGGCCAAGAUUCGGGAAGAUGCCCGAAACGUUCAGCACAAAUGUCUUCAGAAAGAUUACGCAGCGCUAAAAGAAGAAAAUAAAACGCUCACAGCGACUAUUAAAGGCUGGGAGGACAAACACAAGGAGCUGAACGAGCAGAUUAAAGUCUAUCAGAAGUCCCAGAAAGAGCUGGAGGACUCUGUGGUGCUCAAAGACCACAAUGUGGAGGUGCUCUCGGAACUUCUGGCAGACCUUGACGCUUGUGACUCACAAAAAGGCGAUGCCAAAGUUUUAGCCAACGGAGAAGUCGCACCUGUGUCUUUUUCAGACAAGAAGACAGCCAUAAAGAACCGGAUCAAACAGAUGAUGGAUGUUUCUCGGGCCCAGACCACGCUCACUGUGGUCGAAGAGGAGCGCGAUCGCUUCAUGACCAAACUGCUGAAUGAAGAGAAGACUAGAAAAACACUGGAAGAACAACACCAGGAGCUGGAGCAUUCAAUUGCAACCCUAAAAAGUGAGAAGAGCCAUGUUGAAAACCAGUUUAAGAUCCUGCAGCAGAAAAAUGAAAUCAUGGUUGAGAUGUAUCAGCAGAAGGAAAACGCCUUGCAGCAGAGGUUAACGAAGGAAGAGCUGGAGCGACGCAGCAAAGAGAAUAUGCUGUCUGAGGUGGGAGGAAAAGCUCUUGAGGCAGAGGAGCAGGUUAAAGUCUUAAGGCAACGCAUUAAUGAAAUGGAGGAGCAGAUGAAGAAGACUGAGGAGGUCUAUAAAGAGCAGAUAAAAGAACAGGAAAACAAAACUCACUCAAACUGGGUAAAUGCUCGUAACGCAGAGCGAGCUCUGAACCAAGAGAAGCUUGAGUCAUCAAAGCUCCGUGAAAAACUGGCUGUUCUGACCUCCCAACUUAACGAGCGCCGUGCUCCCCUCUUCAGACCGAACUCUGGACAACCUGCAGGGCCUCGCCAAGGUGACUCAUAUGGGCCCUCUCCUGUGAGUGGGGGUGCACCAUCCCCUCCGCUAAUGAUAGAGGGUCCCAGGCGCCCUCCUUCGGCCCCAGUGGGGCGAAGAAUUGACCCGUAUGGUCCACGACCUCCGUCAGACCCACAUGGUCGUUACCCUGACAACAAACACAUCUCUGGGAUGGACAUGAUGGGCCCCCGUAGCUCCUCGCCUGCCAACAUGGAUGGAUCUACACAAGCAGUAGAUCCACAGAUAAAAGCAGAGACACAGGCUGAGGCCUCCACAGACAGUCCAGAGCCAGGCCCUGGAUCCUUCCUAGCAUCUCCAAUCAGGGAUUCCCCAGGCCCCAUGGUCCAAGGACCUCCACCCGGCCCCGGCCCCCAUGACCAGCUCCUCCCUCCUGGACCCCACAGCCGUUUGCCACCUCCUGGACCUUACAGACCUCCACGACCCGGCCUCUACCACCUCCCACCAGGUCCUCCUCCUCCUCACGGGCCUCCACUACCAGCCAAUGGACACCCAGGUAUGCCUCUGCCUGGACCAAUGGGAGGAGAAUUUGGACCUCGACCCACCAACGGACAUGCGUUCCACCCAAGACAAGGCCCUGGACAUGUCGUUGAUCCUCGAGCUCCGCCACCGCCACACUUCCGUCCCCCUCCACCUCAUCACUUUGGACCCAUGCCACCGCCGCAUGGUGUCCGUGGACCUAUGGGACCACGUCCGCUCAUCCCUCCUGACAUGCGCAUCCCAGGACCGCGUGACCACACCAACCCACAAAUGAAUCUGCCUCCAGGUGUCCCUCCCCAUCCUGCACAUGGUGACGCUUAUGGCCAGGCUCCACCCGAUGCCCUCCAGAACUCAGCGGGAGCUCACACCGGCCCCGGCCAGGACCUGCACAUGAAACAGGAGGCCCCUCAGGACUCAGCGAGGCCAGCGAUGGUCAAGCCUUAAAAACGCCACCAGCUAUGGCAGAGGACUUGAACUGACCGCAAACCCAUCACAUUAACAACCCAGAUCCAGCCCAAGCAAAGGUCAUGAAUAUUUUCAUAUUUCAGUUCUAAAAUAAAAACUACAAAGGAUGUUUAUUAAAAAAAACCUGGUCCUUGAAGCAUCGUCAGUAAUUGUGUCUGAAUGAAUAUGAAUUAAGAGGGUUGCCACUUUUCUAAACAGCUUAUUGUGCAAUAAUAAUUCAUUAUAUGCCAGAGGAUUUUCAUUUUUGUUGAUCUUUUAAAAAAUAUAUAGCAGUGAUUUUUAAGGGGCAAAUUUUUAAUGUCAUUUCCUGUGGAAAUUAUUAAAAAAAGAGAAAAAGGAGGGAGGUUUAGCUUCUAGCAUUUCAGGAAUACCAUAAUUUUCCCAAAGCUGUUGCUUUAGAACCAACUGUAAAGCAAAUGUGUAAUUUGAUGGCCAGAUGUAUAACUUAUUUUACUAUGUUGGUAGAACUUUUAAUAAUAAAGAAUGUAAAAGCUCUCUGCGUUAUGUUAUCAACUGGUUACAGUUCACUUACAGUGGAUGUAUUUUACACAGGCUCCAUCUGCUUUUCAGCAUGUGUCUGAAGGCCUUUGCUUUUGGAAAAAUAAGGCAUACAUCUGUGCUGCUGCUGAGACGGAAACAUUAACUUUAGCUCUUUUUAUGUUCAUUAAAAGUCAGUCGAUGUGUUUCAUCCCAAAAGUGCAUGUACCAUAUUUAGCUUAGCGUAUGCAGGGACAGAAAAGUGACACUGGUAGCAUUUCAGAAAUAAUUCAAGACGUUUCUCCUUCUAUUUUGCAUUUUUGUGGAAUGUAAACGAUGUACUUUGAGAAUUGUAGUUUUUGGCUCAAACUCAUGAAACUGUGGCCUCGUCGUUCGACAAGAUUCCUCUCCUGCGGUCUCAAAAGGUGAAGAUUCCUCCUCCUCUGGCAUUGUGAGUGAUUGCAUCAAACUUAGGGCAUUAGGGCACUUUGUCUCAGGACCUAAACACAGAAUGAAGAUAAAAUAAAGACACUUGUAGUAUCAGUUUGUCCAAAUUACCAAAA